AGGAAAAAUGAUAGAAGUGCAGUGUGAAACCAAACGGUUCAAAGAUAAGGAAGUGUGUGUACAUGAAGGAGCUGUCAGCUCACAGAUUGGACGUCUUCAGUUAGACAACUGUCAGGCUGAUUCAGCCCAGGCUGCUGCAGCCAAGUGUCUGCUUAAAUGUGUGCUUUCUGGAAAAGAAAGCAGGCGUUUUAUUUUCGUGUGACCUGUCCUCAUUGGUCCAACAGCAGCUCAUCAACCUGAAUUGAUUCUAUCGACAGCUAAAUUCAGAGGCAGAGGUCAGCUCGCCAAGUUUACAGUGUCAACUUUCAUUUCCAGUUGCUGCGUGUUCUAUUUUGAGAGCAGCGAGCCAGGCUGUUGAAGUGCAGUCGACUGGUAACGUUUAAGGACUUGGCUUAGGCCAUUUUCUCUCAAUGAGUGUGGGGUUUUGAUUUGGUUUUUUUUUGUUGUUUUUUUAAACUCCUAACCCGUGAGCUGUUGUGAGGACCUGGUGUCAGACAUGUCUCCGAAGAAGGGAAAAGGAGAUGAUGCACUGAAACCACCACCACUGAUUGGAAGAUUUGGAACCUCACUGAAAAUAGGAAUUGUUGGUCUGCCCAAUGUUGGGAAGUCGACCUUUUUCAACGUGCUGACAAAGAGUCAGGCUGCAGCGGAGAAUUUUCCUUUCUGCACCAUUGACCCAAAUGAAAGUAGAGUGCCCAUUCCAGAUGAACGCUAUGAUUUCCUCUGCCAAUACCACAAACCCGCCAGCAAAAUCCCAGCCUUCCUUAAUGUUGUAGAUAUUGCUGGCCUGGUGAAAGGAGCGCACUCUGGCCAAGGUCUGGGGAACGCCUUCCUGUCCCACAUCAGUGCCUGCGAUGGAAUCUUUCACUUGACACGUGCCUUUGAGGACGAGGAUAUCGUCCAUGUGGAGGGGACGGUUGACCCAGUGAGGGACAUUGAGAUCAUCCACGAGGAGCUGAGGCUGAAGGAUGAAGAGAUGAUCGGCCCUGUUAUCGACAAGCUGGAGAAGACAGCCAUCAGAGGCAGUGACAAGAAACUCAAACCAGAAUAUGACGUUAUGUGCAAAAUCAAGAGCUGGGUAGUUGAUGAAAAGAAACAUGUUCGCUACUAUCACGAAUGGAACGACAAGGAGAUCGAAGUGUUGAACAAAUACUUGUUUUUGACUUCCAAACCCAUGAUUUACCUCGUAAACCUCUCGGAGAAAGACUACAUCAGGAGGAAGAACAAAUGGUUGGGGAAAAUCAAGGAGUGGGUGGACAGUCACGACCCCGGGGCCCUGGUCAUCCCCUUCAGCGGGGGCCUGGAGAGUCGACUGCAGGACCAGAGUGCAGAGGAGAACCAGAAGUACUGCGCAGAGCAGAAGACGCAGAGUGCCAUGAGCAAGAUCAUCAAGGCAGGCUACGCAGUUCUGCAGCUGGAGUACUUCUUCACCUGUGGACCAGACGAGGUCCGCGCGUGGACCAUACGGAAAGGAACUAAGGCUCCACAGGCUGCGGGCAAGAUCCACACAGACUUCGAGAAGGGCUUCAUUAUGGCGGAAGUAAUGAAAUUCCAGGAUUUUAAAGAGGAAGGCAGUGAGAACGCCGUCAAGGCAGCUGGGAAAUACAGACAGCAGGGACGAAACUACAUUGUGGAGGAUGGAGACAUCAUCUUCUUCAAAUUCAAUGCACCCAAUGCACCAAAGAAGAAGUGACGCAGGAACAAUCAGUUUGUUUAUGUAACUGACUGUAUUGUUAGCACCUCCUCUGGCUGAGGCAUCACUGCCACUUCAUUUUCCCUGGACCUGUGAGGCUCCGGUCCCUCCUCAUGUGCCAAGGCGCAGGUUCAGUAAAUUCUGACAGCUUUGCUAUUUAAGAUCAGGAUCAGCCCCCACUCCAAAUUGUAGCAGCAUUUGAAGGAGCGUAUUACUCUCCAGAUACUUCAUUAAUCUCCAUCACGGGUGCCAGCAGUGACACAGCUGACAGCGGGGACAAUGCCACCUGCUCCUCUCCCCCUGCUGCAGAUAAUGCAUGUUUUACAGUAGCCCAGAUGUCUACACUCAAUAAAACAUUUGACAAAACCAGCCUGUGUGUGUUUUGGGAUGUCUGUGUCGAGUGCAGAGCUGCAUGGGGACAGUGAUAGCAGUCCUGCCGUCCACUGAUUAGAAAAUUAAAAGACACAGCUGACAUUGACUGUAGCACAGUGGGGACAGUUAUAAUUAAAUCCUUUAAGGUCACAGGAUGAAUGCAGCUUCAUUUGGCCGAAGGAAGCCGGUCACUGAACGUGAGUGUGAGUGAAAAUGUAGAAAAAACAUUUUAUUGAUGUCAUUCAUUUAUAUUACUGUAUAGAUGGUUAUGACAUUUUACCUUGUUGUCUGGAGUGAGACAGACUGAAUAUUAUGGUUCACAUUUUUUUCCUUAAAGCGAACUGAGGUCGUAGUGUUAUGUAUUAAAUACUAUAGUAGUCAGGAGAUGUGAAUCACGGCAUAUUAAAUGUGUGAAUAUUAUUAUUCAUUCAUUCAUCUCCUUCCAGGUCUGUAGGUGGCGCUGGAGCCAAUUUCAGCAGUCAUCGGAUGAGGACGGAGUUACACUCUGGACAGUUGACUAGUCUAUCACAGGGAGACAUACAAUACCAUCAGUUACCCCUGGGGAUGGAACUGUUGACCUUCUCGCUGUAAGGCAUGACAAUUAAUCACUCUUCAAAUGUCUGACCUUGAGUUAAACGGACAGUACCGUCAUGUUGUUUUGCUGUUAGCAACAACCUGAAAAUGUACGUGUACGAUUGUUUUAACAUUAGUUUUUGUGACUAAAAAAAGCCAGGUCCUUCCUGUCUGAUAUCCACUUUAAAUAUUGGUCUACCACAUCAGGUUGUUACGAACAGUCAGGGGUCGAUUCAGGAGGUGGUUAUAACGAGGCUAAAGAGACGUAUGUGGCUCAGGAGC